AUGGCGAGUACGAAAGAGUUCUGGUCGAAGAAGACACUCAUCGGCCUCGCCCUUGGCCAGUUCGUCUCCCUUCUGAUCACUUCCACCUCUUUUUCCUCGUCGGAACUCGCCAGAAGAGGUAACGUGCCUAGCCAUUAGUCUUAUCGGCUCUUGGGGAUUUCGAAAGAUGAUCUCCAAUCGGAGCAGAUGUUUCCCUCUUCUUGGAUGCCCGCCUGUGCUCUACAGCCUCGCGAGGGUCUGGCGGGUGGUCGGAUUUAAUCAUCCGGAUUCUGAGGAUUACUCCAUUCAUUCUCUUCUUCUUCUUCUUCUCGGUGUGCCCACAGGAGUCGACGCUCCCACGUCACAGUCCUUUCUGAACUACGUUCUCCUGGCGGUUAUUUAUGGGUCUGUCAUGCUCUACCGGAAGAGAGGUCUCCAGGUUAGCAUCUGUUCCUUCGCUCUUAUCUGUUCCCUUCUGCCACUUUUGAUCCGACGGACUCGUUGCGGAGGAGAUUCUUUCAUACGAAUAAAGGCUUUAAUAGAUCAUGUAGAUGAAAACUUUUUCUGGUGGGCCUGUUCGUUGUCUGUAGUUUUUCUGUGUGAUUUUGCUUCUCAAACACUUCUGCUCAUGCCGGAGACAGUUCUAAGGGACGACGCUAGCAGUGAUUACCGUUGAUAAUAGGAUAGCUUCCCCUCCUGGCCACCAAGCCGAGGAUCAAAUUUCAUCAUCAGCAGAAUCCUCUGGUCAUUCUCCAGGAAACUGAUGCUUGGGUACUAUUAUCUGCAGAUGAAAUGGUACUACUACUUGAUACUGGCUACCAUUGACGUCGAGGCCAACUUCCUCGGUGAGUACAUAUUUGCAAUGAGCCGAGAUGAGAUUCAAUGUUCUAUCCGAUCUAGCUGUAGAUAUCUAUAACUCAAUCACUCUUAUAUUGGCUUGAUGAAGCCCAUCAUUGAUAAAAGUCGUCGAUGAAUAUAUGGGGAAAAAAGGAGUCUCCCAGCGAAAUGGGAAGAUCUACAGAUGAUUUAUGCAGAUUAAUCUGACUCAUGGGUAGUUUCUAGCUUUCAAAGUAUGGAUUUUUUUUUUCAAAGGCAUCUUAGUUAUUCAAUGCCUUUUUUUCCUCCUGUCUGAUCCUACGCAGUGGUGAAGGCUUAUCAGUACACAUCUAUGACGAGUAUUAUGCUGCUGGAUUGCUGGGUGAUCCCAUGUGUCAUCGUCUUCACCCUGGUCUUCCUGAAGACACGGUACAGAUACAGACACUACAUCGGUGUAGCAAUCUGUGUGGCUGGAGCGAUCUUGGUUGUGUUCUCGGAUGUUCAUGCAGACGGCCGAGAAAGUAAGCAAAAUUUCUACCAGAUCAAAUCUGAAACCAUAUCUUCUGUUUUUUUUUAAAUCUAUUUUCUUAUGACUGGAAGUUUUAUCUCAUAUCUGAUUUAUUGAAUUUUUUCUUUUUUCGUCCAAUUAUGGCAUGCAUUUUCUGUUUUCCUUUGUCCUGUGCCCAUGCUGAUCCUUGCUGCUGUUUUACUUAUCGCAUAAGCCUCCGGAGAAUUUCUACGUGUUCUUCUUUUCUUCAAAUACAGUUGAUUAGUUUCUCGAAAGUGUGUUUUUUUUAAAUUUUUCUUCGUAAUUUAAAGUGCUCAUCCUUCUUGGCUUUCAGAGGGGAGCAGUCCAGUGAAAGGGGAUCUCUUUGUGAUUGCUGCGUCCACGCUGUAUGCAGUCAGCAACGUCAGCGAGGUAGGGGCUUAAAGCUAUACAGAGAUAUGCGUAUUGACCAUGCUUUUGACAUCAAUCAUGAUCGAAAAGAGGCAGAAAAUUCUUGGCCCAUCGAGCCAAUGGAGAUAUACCCAGUGGGUAAAGAGGGCUCCCUCUGGAAGGAAAAAACUACUUGGUGGAAGACCCACCUUUGAGCGCAGGAUUUGAUAAAUUAGGUUUUGAAGAUAAUCAUAGAUGGAAUAUACCCUUCUUUUUUGGGGAAAAAUCACCCUUUUGGGUUGAACUACGAGUCGUAUGAGCGAGCAACAGGUUGAAGAAGCUCCGUGGCUUGAAGAUUAUUUGUCGUCGCUAGUCAAUCAUCUUUUACAGAUAAUCCCUCUGUUUCGUAGAACCCAGGGUCGCCAUAGCAUAUCAUCAAGCUACAUCUCGAUCGUCUUCCACUGAACUUUGCUUUCCGGUCUCUUCUUCUGCAGGAGUAUUUGGUGAAGGAAGGGAGCAGACUGGAGCUGAUGACGAUGCUGGGCAUCUUUGGAGCCGUAGUCAGCGCCAUCCAGAUGUAUCCUUAGUCUUGGUCGUACGCAGAUUUUUUUUUUUUUCAUUAAAUUCUGGGAUGGAGUUUACCUGAUCAAGAUGGAACAUCAGAACGCAAGUCAAAUCAAUUUUUGAUCCUUAACUACUUGUACAGAAGCAUAUUGGAACGGGACAAGCUUGCCUCUAUCCACUGGACUUCCGGCGCAGUUAGUCUUCUCCCUCCUCCUCCCCCUUGCUCCUUCUCCCCAAGAAUAAUAACCAACUGGGCAUGAUUUGUGUUCGUGGCAGACGCUGCCGUUCGUCGGGUUCUCGGUGGCGAUGUUCUUGUUCUACUCGACCGUGCCCAUCCUGCUGAAGGUCAACUUCCAGCGAGCCCAUUCCCUGCGGUUUCCUCUUCCUUUCUCCGGUCGCCGGCGGCGGCAAACUGAGUCAAAAAAAUUUCUUUGCAGAUGUCUGGGUCGGCCAUGCUGAACCUCUCGCUUCUCACCUCCGACAUGUGGGGCGUCUUGAUCCGCACCUUCGCCUACCACGAGAAGGUUUCUCUCUCCCGAGUAGAAAAGACGGCUCUUUUAUUCGAGAAAUUCACCCGUUUCCCCCGCAGGUGGACUGGAUCUACUUCAUAGCGUUUGCAGCCGUCGUCGUCGGCCUCGUGGUGUACUCUGGGUACUUCUCCCUGCUCUCUCAUGUCGAGGAGAGAGAAAGAGAGAGAGAGAAGAGAGAGAAAUGAGUUAUUCAGUUCGAUUCGUGGUGAAAUGGUGGCUUCUUGCUUGCAGGAGGAUGAAGGAAGGUGGAGCGAGAGUCCAAGUGGCGGAGAACGACGGCGCGGGUCAAGGGGAUUUGGAGGCGGUGGUCGGAUACCCGGUUGGGCCGUCGGUGCCGCCGGAGGAGGCGAGGUCGAAAGACAUCGCUGGGAAGGUCAACGGUGCCCUUCCAGCCGCGGCUUGA